CGGGCGUGGCCGAUUCCGGAACAGUGCUGACCAAAUCUGCAUCCACAGGUGCUUCAAUUGCCAGCUGCUGACCACAACGGUACCUCACCGUGUAAACCAUUUGACCUGACAAAAUGUCUGUUGCAUUAGAAGAUGAAGAAGACAUCUCAGGAAAUCCCUUACUUUUGGUUUCUCAUGUGAGACCACUGGAACUAGGUAACUCUACAUCAAUAUUGGAACCUCCUAAUAAUCCAACUUUUAUUCCAACUGUAGCAAAUGAAGGAGGAAAACACUGGACUGUGCCAGAAGUCAAGGCUCUAAUAGGCAUCUGGUCUGAUAAAAGUAUACAACAACAACUAGAGGGAACAGUGAGAAAUAAAAGAAUAUUUGAACAAAUUGCUACCAAGCUUCAGAAAUUUGGAAUAGAGAGAGACUGGAAGCAGUGUAGAACAAAGUACAAAAACCUAAAACAUGAAUACAAGAUUGUAAGAACAGCUCAAGACCUAGGCAUGACUAAGAGUAUGAAAUUUUUUACUGAGUUGGAUGCUAUUCUGAGACACAAUAAAGCAGAAAAAUCACAAGAAAAAGAAUUCCGAAAAGGAGAACAAGUCACAGAAUGUGCCGAUGUAAAAAUGGAAGAGGAUCAGACAGUCGUUGCUGGAGAUGUAGCUGAAGAUGAUUCAGUUAGUAACAUGUCAGAAGACCUAAGAGAUACAAGUUUAAGACAAAGUCCUGACACAGAGGAAGACACCAUGAGUACUGCCUCAGAAGAUGUGGGUGGCCCCCCAGCAGCACAAAGCAUCACUGAGUCAGAAGAUGCUAAAAGUCACUUACGGAUCAUAACAGUGAAUGACACAGAGGCUGGAAAACACUGGUGUGACAAUGAGGUCAGAGCACUAAUACACGUAUGGUCUGAUGAAAAAAUUAAGCAAAUGCUUGAAGGGGCUACAAGAAACAAAGAAAUAUUUGAGGAAAUUGCCAGAAGAUUAAUGCAGUUUGGAAUAGACAGAGACUGGAAACAAUGUCGUACCAAAUAUAAAAAUUUAAAAUAUGAAUACAGAGCUUUACAAAAGAAAAAUGGCAAUCCUCGAAGAAAAAUGAGAUUUUAUGAAGAAGUUGACUGCAUCCUAAGAGGACCAACUCUCAGAACUGCCAAAUGGAAACAUGAAUUACUUGAAGGUCAUACCAAAAACCCAGGAACUUUGAGCAUGAAGAGAAAAGCACAUGAAGAUGAACCAGUGUCCGUAUCUCCUAAGAAAAUUGCUCCUGAAAUGAUUGCAAAUCAGUUUCCUCAAAACAUAACAGAAUCAAAAGAUUCUACAGGAAGUUUCUGCAGAAAGAAGCCCCACUAUGUGACCCAGCUUCAUCAGAUCACUGCUUCUCUUGCUGGCGCGGGAACUGUCCCCAGCCUAGUUAAGACAAUGGCGACGUCUGAGGUACUGAACAUUGGUAAAAAACUCUAUGAGGGUAAAACAAAGGAAGUCUAUGAAGUGUUAGAUAGUCCAGGAAAAGUCCUCCUGCAGUCCAAGGACCAGAUUACAGCAGGAAAUGCAGCUAGAAAGAAUCACCUGGAAGGCAAAGCUGCAAUUUCAAAUAAAAUUACCAGUUGUAUUUUUCAGUUGUUACAGGAAGCAGGUAUCAAAACUGCUUUCACCAGAAAAUGUGGGGAGACAGCUUUCGUUGCGCCCCAUUGUGAAAUGAUUCCAAUUGAAUGGGUUUGUAGAAGAAUAGCAACUGGUUCUUUUCUCAAAAGAAACCCUGGCGUCAAGGAAGGAUAUAAGUUUUACCCACCUAAAGUGGAGAUGUUUUUCAAGGAUGACGCCAAUAAUGAUCCACAGUGGUCUGAGGAACAGCUGAUUGCUGCAAAAUUUUGCUUUGCUGGAGUUGUUAUAGGCCAAGUUGAAGUGGAUAUCAUGAGUCAUGCCACGCAGGCUAUUUUUGAAAUACUGGAGAAAUCCUGGUUGCCCCAGAACUGUACAUUGGUUGAUAUGAAGAUUGAAUUUGGUGUUGACAUAACCACAAAAGAAAUUGUUCUUGCUGAUGUUAUUGAUAACGAUUCCUGGAGACUCUGGCCAUCAGGAGAUCGAAGCCAACAGAAAGACAAACAGUCAUAUCGUGACCUCAAAGAAGUAACUGCUGAAGGGCUGCAGAUGGUAAAGAAAAAUUUCGAGUGGGUUGCAGAGAGAGUAGAGUUGCUUCUGAAAUCAGAAAGUCAGUGCAGGGUUGUAGUAUUGAUGGGCUCAACCUCUGAUCUCGGUCACUGUGAAAAAAUCAAGAAGGCUUGUGGAAAUUUUGGCAUUCCAUGUGAACUUCGGGUAACAUCUGCUCAUAAAGGACCUGAUGAAACACUGAGGAUUAAAGCUGAGUAUGAAGGGGAUGGCAUUCCUACUGUAUUUGUGGCAGUAGCAGGCAGAAGCAAUGGUUUGGGACCAGUGAUGUCUGGUAACACCGCAUAUCCAGUUAUCAGCUGUCCUCCCCUCACGCCAGACUGGGGGGCUCAGGAUGUAUGGUCUUCUCUUCGACUGCCCAGUGGUCUUGGCUGUUCAACUAUACUUUCUCCAGAAGGAUCAGCUCAGUUUGCUGCUCAGAUAUUUGGAUUGAACAAUCAUUUGGUAUGGGCCAAACUGCGAGCAAGCGUAUUAAAUACAUGGAUUUCCUUGAAGCAAGCUGACAAGAAAAUCAGAGAAUGCAGUUUAUAAGAACUUGAUUGCAUUUUUUAUGAGAAAAACUAUUAAUUCCUAGUUUAGCAGCAGAAAAAAAUCAUGCAAGAUGAAAAGAUUCUAGAUUAGGGAAAACAAAUAAAAUGUAUUGAAUAAAUGGUUCUGUAGA